CUCAGUUUUUAACCAGUGCUCUUGUUGUGUUCAGUUUUUUUUAUCGUUUUUCUCACGAACGUACUUACUGCGACGCCAUCACAUUUGAAUGAAAGCAUCCGACAUUUAAAGCCAUCUGAAGCCACCACCUUGGAGACACCUGCUCACACUUCUCAGCGUGUGUUCAACAUGUGGAAAUAAUUUACAUCACACAACACUUCAUCAAUCUUCCCCACCGGAUAAAACCUGGCAGCGAUGCAGGCUGAUCAUCAGGUGACCAGCAGCACUUCUCUCCAGAUCCCUCCCAAGCUUGAGACUGUCCUGGUCCAGGCCAUCAUCAAUCCUAAGCGAGGUAUGGAGGGACCCCUCCAGACACCACAGCCCCCCAGGACCUGCAGCUCUCCCGGAGCUGCUGGGAAACCAUGCUGGAGCUUGGAUGCGAGGGUGGCCGUGUUUCUGGUGACUCUGGGUGGAGCUUUAAUCCUGUUGCUGCUGUACAAACUCUUACAGCUGAGACACAGGCUGAAGUUGACCCAGGCGAGGCACGCGCUAGAGUACUACAGCUUCUACCACAGCGCCACCUACACACUCAAACAUGCUACGUCGUGUCAGGCCCUACAAGCCAAAAGUGAGUUGGUCCCUGAAGCUACACCACCUGUACAAACCGUAACCCUGGUGAAACCUACGGUCGUCGCUCAACUUCCGCCCCCACCGGUGCCUUCUCCACCUCCGAUGCCACUCCCCCCACCUCCUGCCCUGCCGACACCACUGCUCCAUACUCCAUCUUCUCUCACUCCAACACCUUCUGUCCUGGCCUUCCCUCUCCCCCUAUCUGUGAUCCACACCACCCCGCCAAGCCCUCACCUGUCAUGGGGCGCCUGCUCAGAUGCAGAUGUGUACUCUCGGAUCGGUGCGUUCAGGCCCUCCAGGCUCUCCAGCCUCUCAAACCAUUCAAAAGUCAUCCUAUUUGAACACUCGUCUGUCUGACCUCUAUCGCAGAACUAGGUUGGAGAUUUCAACUUAUGAGAAAACUGUAGUGAUUACCCAAAACACAUUCUUCUGUUGCAUUAAUAAUUAUCUCAGGGGGUGAUUAAGUGCCCAGUGUACUGUAUAAGUAUGCAGUAUACUGUGCACUUAGUAUUUGAAGUUGAAAUACUUUCACGGCCCUCCAAAACGUCAAAGAUUUAGUUUGAGUUUUGUGCGACACUGAACUGAUUUGUGUACUUAUCCUUUAACAAGUACCAUACUUUGUGCCAGACCUCUGCAAAUUGCAGAUUGCAGUUUGGAGCAAAAAAUCUGUUAUUAUGUUUUGUUGCGUUGAAGAGAGGGGUUGUCUCUAAAUUCAGACUGGUGGAAGUUAAGAGAACCUUCUCUCUUUGUAACGCACUGCUGCCAAAUAUAUUUACUGUGAGAGAGUCCUGAAGUCUGCUUUGUCUGCAUAUUGUAGUGGAGCCCAUUGUUUCCCAAAUUGGGAGGCAUUUCCGUAGCCGGUUUUCCAUGGCAGGGUCCCUCCCUGUUUCACACCAUUCUCUAUAUUCUCAGUGUUUCCUCUCUCUCUCUCUCUCUCUCUCUC